GCAGGUGGAAAGUGUACUAACAGCUUCUUCUCUUUGUUUUUCGCAAGUGGCCCAGGCUCGAUGCGUUGCUCGUUACUGGAGAUCGACUCUGUUCUCACCUGAGCGAACUACUGAAUUCACAAGUUAUUGACGAGAUUUCUCAUCUUUUUGUGUCUCGUGCAUUAUGUGCGCCGCUCCCUCACCGCGUCUCUGCGAUCAACAGUGGAGAAUAGGCCACACAAUCGCUGCCGAUCCAGUCUCCUCCACCACCAAUGAGCAGCUGGUCGCUUUCCUCAAAGAACGGCUGGACCGCUGGGAGAUAGAGGCGGCCGAAGUGAUUUGUACGUGGGGCCGUGUGGGGGACAUGUGUUCGUCCGAGUACCAAUCGCAGUUGCGCACCGCACAGGCUACUGUGCAAGAGGGACGACGGGGGGAGGAGCGACAGCGUGGCGAGGCGCGACGAGAUGCACAAGCAGCAGCGCGGCGCCGUCACCGCGACCGCCUCGCGGCAGAGGCGCGCAGUCGAGCCGAUGCGACGCUCAGAGCCGCAGUGCGCCAGCAGCAGCGGGUGGAGCAACAGCGAAGGGGGCGGGAGAGUGAACGGCCCCCUCCUGCUGCAGCGCAGGUGGCACGACAGCUGUUGGGGGUGCCUGCACAGCGGCAGGAACGAGCGGAGCCGCUUCAUACGAUGAAAACCGGCUCCGCACGCGGUCAUCGGCAGCCGGUACCACCGUGCGUGGUGCGCGCCCCCGCAGCCCAGACGGUGCGCAAACUCGAACUUGAACCGAAGUGUCCUCCGUCAAGGAAUUCAGGCACACGGUUCGUGGCGGAGGGCACCGCAGCAAAGGGCGGCGACAACGUCAGCGACGACAGCAGCACGCUCGCCCUCGACUCAGACGGUCACCAAGACACCUCUGCCCACUCCGAACGCAACGCCCCUGACGCCUCCUUAGGGGAGUCACUUUCAGGCACUUUUGUCGUACGACGGCGGCUCUCCGCACACGUCCACUACAAGCAGGCAUUGCGGCGCUCCAGCACCCACCUCAGCCCAGCCAAGGCAGGUGACAGCCCACCCCGCGUGGUGUCCACGUCCGCACUUCCCGUUGCCUCGCCCUCCCCGCGCAAAGUCGUGCAGUGGCUGCUGCCCCUCCCGCACCGUCGCUGCUCCUCCUCGAAGACGACCGUUGCCGGCACGACGAACCCUUCUCUGUCGCUCAUCGACUCUUCCUUGCCCGUUGCGGCUGAUGAAGCGACCGCCAUAUUCGCGUCCCGCUCGCGCUCGCACGAGAACGCGCCGUCGCCGCAAUACCGCCGCAGUGGCAGCGCCUACACGGCCGACGCGACGGCGCAGUUUAUCUCCCCUAUUAAGGGCACGCACCUCAUCGAUGAUCUUUCUUCGAUGUCCUCGGCAGGAUCGUACCUACAGGGAGGUGACGGGAGCGCCUGA